CCAAAUGUACUAUUCUUCCAAGCAACGCAUCAUCACUUGGUUGAUCUUAAUCAUGAUUGUUCUCUACAUCCUUUAUUCUUCAAAUUUUCUUCUCUUAACCAAGGUCAAGAAGGAUUGUUCUACCUCCAUUCAUUUAGAUGAAGCCACCCAAGAACAUCUUGAGAUGAGUGGUAAUAUAUCCUCAACUACAAAAACCAUUGAAAGAUCAAAUGUUGAAGAGGGCAACAAUGAAAAGGAGGAGGAAGAAGAAGAAGAAGAAGAAGAAGAAGAAGUAUCCCUUGACCAGUUAUCUCAAAGACAAGACACGAAGCUCAAACACAUUGUUUUUGGGAUAGCUGCUUCAUCCAAUUUGUGGGACAUAAGAAAAGAAUACAUAAAAGUGUGGUGGAAGCCUAAUCAAACAAGAGGGGUGGUGUGGUUAGAUAGCAAAGUGAGGACUCAAGCAAAUGAGGGGUUACCAGAGAUUCGAAUUUCUGGGGACACCUCUAAAUUUAAAUAUACAAAUACACAAGGGCAAAGAUCUGCUUUGAGGAUUUCAAGGGUGGUAACAGAGACAUUGAAGCUUGGAAUGGAAGACGUGAGAUGGUUCAUGAUGGGAGAUGAUGAUACAAUAUUUAUUGUGGAUAAUGUGGUUAGAAUUCUUUCUAAGUAUGACCACACUCAAUUCUAUUAUGUUGGGAGCUCAUCUGAGAGCCACGUUCAAAACAUUCAUUUCUCUUAUGCUAUGGCAUAUGGUGGGGGAGGAUUUGCUAUAAGCUAUCCAUUAGCCAAGGAGCUCGCAAAAAUGCAAGAUCGUUGCAUUCAACGCUACCCUGCUCUAUAUGGAAGUGAUGAUAGAAUGCAAGCUUGCAUGGCGGAGCUAGGAGUUCCAUUAACUAAGGAACCUGGGUUUCACCAGUAUGAUGUGUAUGGGGACCUUUUAGGCCUUCUGGGGGCGCAUCCUGUGGCUCCACUAGUGACAUUGCACCAUCUUGAUGUGGUGCAACCAAUAUUCCCAAUGAUGAAUCGAGUGCAAUCCUUACAACAACUAAUGAAAUCUGUUAAGCAAGACUCAGGUAGCGUAAUGCAACAAUCAAUUUGCUAUGACAAGAAGAGAUAUUGGACCAUCUCUAUUUCAUGGGGCUAUGUGGUUCAAGUUUUGAGGGGAGUAUUAUCUCCUAGAGAGUUGGAGAUGCCAACACGAACCUUUCUAAAUUGGUAUAAAAGAGCUGAUUACACUGCAUACUCAUUCAACACAAGACCUGUGACAAAUAAAAACCCUUGUCAGAAAGCUUUCCUUUUCUACAUGAACAGAACACGAUAUGAUCCAGUUAGGAAGCAAAUUAUUGGUACAUACUAUCGUUUCAAAUCUAGACCUCCUUACUGCACUUGGAAAAUGGAGUCACCAGAGAAAAUCAAUUCCAUUAUAAUUUCAAAAAGACCAAAUCCUCUUCGUUGGCAAAUGUCACCAAGGAGGGAUUGUUGUAGAGUUUUACCAUCACGAAAGAACUCAACUAUGUAUAUAUGGGUGGGCAAGUGUCAGCAGGGAGAAGUUAGUGAAUUGAGUCUUUAAGGUGGAACUGAGAUUCCAAACUCCAAUUAUUA